AUGUGGUUGGAGGCAAUCACCUUGAUUUUUGUAAUACACUAUGUAUCCAAAACAUCGUCGUUUGUAAAUCUUGCACAUACACCAACGCAAAGCCUACAGGGAAGUGCAUCGUGGAAUCUCAGUCCCCACGCGGAGAACUGGACUGCUGAUAAAGCAGUUGAUGGAAAUAUCAAUCAAACCUACGUUUGGACUUGUGCUAUUUCUAACUAUAAUAAAAACUAUAAAAUGGUGUGGUGGAAGAGAACAGGAGCUCAAAACAGGGCAACUGGGUUUUCUAUAUAUAUCUAUAAUGACAAAUCGUUUUUUCCGUCUUCUGGGUAUAAGGAUUGCCUUGUGUAUCAUCAUGAUCCCAUGUCAGGCUGUCCUGUGUCUAUGUAUAACAUAACUGUGAAUAAAUUAGCUCAGGGUGUAGCUUUCUUUAACGAAAGGCCUGUUGGAUUUACAUCAAACUGUGUGAGCGCUGAAGUAACAAAAACCUCUGUAGAAAUAUGCGAAGUGAGAGUUAUGGGUUGUGAUCCAAAUAGGUACCAUUUCGGAUGUUCUGGUGCAUGCAGUGUUAAGUGUAAGGAAAGUCAUUGUGAUGCGUUUAACGGAUCAUGCAUCUAUGGCUGUUCUAAUCCAAAUGCAGUGUUUUUAAAUUGUAUUGUAUGUGAUGAUGGGAUGUAUGCAUUCAAUGGCGGAUGUAUACAAUGUGGACACUGUAAAGAUGACAGACCAUGUGACAAAAGAACCGGAAGUUGUUCGUCUGGGUGUAAAGAAAACUGGACAGGAGAUCUUUGUAAAGAAUGUAUUGACGGAUUUUAUGAUCAGGAUUGCAGCACUAAGUGUGGUGAAUGUCGUAGUAAAAUUUGUGACAAGAGAAACGGAAGUUGUUUAAAUGGUUGCAAAACAAACUGGAAAGAACCUCUAUGCCUAGAAUGUAGUAACGGAAUGUAUGACCAGAAGUGCAGCACCAGAUGUGGGCUUUGUCUUGAAGGUUUUUGUGACAAGAAAAAUGGAAGUUGUUUAUCGGAAUGUAAACUUAACUGGAAAGAACCUUUGUGUCAAGAAUGUGUCGACGGAUUUCAUGACGAAGACUGUAGCAGACAAUGUGGAUACUGUCUUGAAGGAUUUUGUGACAAGAAAAAUGGAACUUGUUUAAAUGGAUGUGUAGGAAACUGGCAGGGACCUUUGUGUCAAGUUCAUACUACAAGAGAACCAAGAACGGGCGACAACGAGUUUUCCAAAACAUCUUUGGUUGUCAUUUCUGUCAUUUCUACGCUUCUGGGAGUAUUUCUUCUCAGUACACUGAUCAUAGUUGUAUAUAUAAAAAGAACACGAUGCCUGCAAAACAAUGUUAGAGAAAACUCCAUUAAUGACCAUCUGUCCAGGAAGGAUACGGAACAGAAGUAUGAUGAGUUAAAAGGCGGAAAAGAAGAUCACCAUUACACAUCCAUUGGUUCCACUAACAGGGAAUCAACCUACCAAGAAAUACACACCUAUAGGAACUCUGAAUUUAAUGACGUCAUGAAUUAA